AUAUAUUAGAAAUUACUCUUUUGGUGUAAAGAACAGGACGGUUCUAAGUUGCUACUAUGUGUUUCAUGUUUAGUUAAUGCGAUCGACAGGCAAAUGUUAAAGCUACUCUGUCUAUGAGUGUUAUUACAUUUACUAACUGUUGAAACUACUAUCUAUAUGGGUAAACAUGCAGGUUUUCAUUUUCUGAAGUCUCAUUUGAUCUUGUUACCGUAUGAUUGUUGAUGCAAAAGAAAUUUUGUCAUGGCGCAAAAACAUGAAGAUAGUUUCAAGGAUUAGCCAUUGGAAGAAUAGAAAUGAAAUCAAGGAAAAACUUUUUUGGUCAAAGAAUAGAAAUUGUACGUGUUUGUAUUGAAAACCUCAGAAUCUAUGAUUCCUUGAAGCAGUUUCAUAAAAUCAGCCAUGUGUCUGAAAAGCGUGUAUAAUCUAAUUGCGUCUAACGGUGAAAGGCCUACAAACUUUAUAUAGUUUAUUGGAAACAGCAUGGUCUCAGUAUAUGAUGAUAGAAUGGAUUCCUAAUAAAGAAAACUGUAAGCUCUAAAAUGUCUUCCCAGCUGUAAACAUCGUUGAACAAAAGACUGGGAUGUUACAAGCAUUCAGCCUUUUGGUAAAAACGUCAGACCGCCACUUAGUAAGAAGGUUUAUGUGGUGUGAUUCAUCGCAGAUGCAGUGUUGGCGACAAUCGUCUAAAAUAGAGACUUUAAAAAACAAAAGAGCCUUGCUUCUGAAAAGAACCCAGUUCUGGGCUUUUCAAAGUUUAAUAAUUUCGUAAAUCAGAAUUUUGGAAUCUGAAUGAAAAGUUACAUGGAAAAGAAGGGCCCUAAUGCCGAACCGUGCGGUACUCCUCUUGAAAGUGCACUUGUCUUCGGUAUACAAGCGCUUUCUUCUUGAAUAUUUUUUCUCGCAUAGCAUAUGAACUUCAUUUGUACCACUGCUUUUCCUUUAUAAGUUUCAAUAAGUAACGUAAUGUUUUGAAGGAAAUGAAUUCAAAUGAACAGUUCUUGUAUACUGACGACCCUGAUUGCGAUUCAGAGUUUAAAUUCAUUUGUUAGCCUCGCUGCGGUUUAGAUUUUGCAUCACAGUUGCUUUGCAGUUGCUUGCCCUCCUAGUCGGCAGAAAAAUAUUUUUAUUUCUCAUCUCUCUAAGAUCGAAUUUUGAUUAGGGUAGCUCAUUGGACCUCUGAAUUUUGAUUAGCUUUUAACUUUCCGUAAGGCUAGUGAGCCUGCAUUAUUGUUCCAUUGACUCAAUUGAUGACAGAUAACUGUUUUCAGUUUGCAGUCGUCUAGUGAUCGAGAACGUAUUUUUCAUCUUGCAGGGGAGUUAUUUAUGGUUUUUUCAAUAAGAUUGACUUCAAUUGACUCUUUCGCACUGGAAUAAAAUAUUGAAAUGAAUGUAAAAAAGGUAUGCUAUGAUCUUUGAAAAAACUGAAAACCAAAGCCUGAAAUAUUUAAGCUCAGUCAUGCAUUUUCUUAUAUAAUCCAAUAAAAAGUUACAAUACAUGUUACUGUCUACACUACUAAUAAGAACUACUUUGCAAUACUACUGGGACGAAACCCCCCGGGAGACAAAAGGCUGUGUCUACCACAAGGGCAUUAACACAUAUAUACACAUAAAUAUAAAAAUGAGAAGUAAAAAUACGUUUUAGGUAAAAAAAUGGUUAAGUUGUGUACAUUUUAAAUUGAAACGACCUUAUUCAAACCGACUAGCAUUGCGGAUGAAUUCUAGAGUCAAGUUGAAAAAGUCUCUAUUGACGCCAUAAGGGAAAUUUUCAUUGCCAUAUAGUAAAAGCUGAGUUAGAGCCUUAUUUGACAGGUUUGUAGGUCCAAGAGGUCGUAAUAUGUCAAAGACUCCAGCAAGAAGAUCUUGUCGUUGAGCAUCGAAAAAAGGGCAAAGCAACAUAAAAUGGUCCGCAUCCUCAAUGCCAUCAUUCGAAGGGCGCAUUGGGUUUAAAGUAUUCCUAAAAUUGUUUUUGAAUCUGUGAAAGUUUAAUUUCCCUACAUCAACUCUAAGAUGAGUAAGAAGGGGUAAACCUAUUAGGUCAUGAACUCUGAAGAGAGACUUUGCAAUGGGGUGAAUAAUUGACAAAAACGUUUCCUUGAAAAUGGCGACGGAUGGUGCAAGUCUAAGCUCUGGUUCACUAUUGUUCCAUUCAGAUAAACAGUGAGAAUAGAAACUAGAUUUGAAUUUCCUGUUCUUGCCAUUAUUUGCCCUACGACGUCCUGACUGCAAAGAGAGUAAUGUGACUGAUGAAGCUGAGAGAUUAGAUCCAUCAUCUAAAUGGAGGUGAAAUCAUUUACAAUCUUGCAAAACAAAGUAAAUCUGCUCCACCUAUGGGAACUUAAUGAUUCCCAGCCGAGCUCUGCAUACAAUUUUUGUCGCGAAGUUUCCCCCCCCCCCCAUGUACCAGUUAUAGCUAGAGCAGCAGAAUACUGAACCAACCACGUAGCUGUAGAUGUCGGCUAUGGUGGGCAAACUCGAGCAAGAGCCAUACCUGAGGGGGGCAGGAUUUAAAACAAGAGAGCAGAUAUUAACAAACAUAUAUGUUUGGACUAAAUAUCAUUUUGAAAAAGGGUUCAUUGCACAGCCUCCCCCCCCCCCCGUGCCGUGCCUCCCUGCAGCUACGUGGCUGAUACUGAACAGACUCUAUCCUUUCCAUAAGACUUGGUAAAAAGUAUUCUGACUGAGUUGGCACAUUUUAGCCGGGAUAUGGUGUAUAACAUCCCCAUAAUCCAGGGGAGGUCGCACAUAGAGAUGGCUGAUUUGAUGUGAGCAGCAAAAAGAAAGCUUUGAAUCCAAGAUAACCCUAAGAUGUUUAUGUUCAUUGACUAUCUUCACUGGGAUGUUAUUAAACAGUAUCUUUGGAUGAUCAAUUCCAAUCCUUUUCCUUGAAAAUAUUAACUCAACUGCUUGUUUUUGUUGGUCAGGAUUAAAUGACGUGAAAGUCAUGCAUGACAAAGUAGAAAGUAAAGCGACAACCUCCCAAUGACACUGAUCACAGAUAACGAUGGUGAACACCAAAGAUGAUCGAAAUAAUGAAGAAACGAAACGGUUUCUUUUUGUGAGAUGCCUGUAAUUAUCUAUAAUACGACAUACCAUUGAUGAAGAAGAUUACUAAUGUGUGUCGCAGUUGCAUAUGAUUGUGCUAAUUCUCAACAGGAAUUUCUUUCCCGAAUUUCCAGCUUUAGAUAUUGCAGACUUUAAUCAAAAAUUUUGUUUUCAGUUAGGUUAGGUCACUCAUACUUUUUCAACCUGCAAGCAAAAUUGGCUAACAUGCUGUGCUAGAAAGACCAGUGUACUUGACAACUUGCAUAUUGAUAAAUGUAAUGAAUUAUGCAAAACAAAGUGCAAGAAGCAUAUAAAAUCAAAGGAACGUCUUAAACAGAGAGCAUUAAAUACAGCACAAUGUAUUCCAUUAUACUAGUAGUUGCUUUGAGUUUGACAGAUUUUGUUUCUUGUCUGCUGAAUGCGAUUGUAUUAUACGCAUUUUGUCGAUUAAGAUCACGUUUAAUUGCGAAGGAUAUGUAUAUCAUCGGUAUGGCAAUCAGUGACGUUCUUCAGUGUGCACUUGGCUACCCUCUCGAAAUAUUCUCGUCUCAGCAAGGGUCAUGGACGUUAAGUCACUCCUAUUGUAAGGCUUCAGGAUUCUUCAUAACAUUCCUCGGCUUAGUGUCUAUCAACUACCUGGCUGUCGUUGCAUUUGACCUCUACAUCUCCAUCUGCAAGCCCUAUUUUUCAACAGUGUAUCACGGAAGCCAGAAAUUCGUCGUAGCGUCUAACGUUUUUCCUUGGCUGUUCUCGUUUUUCUGGGCAGUUGUUCCAUUUCUUGGCUGGUCAAGCUACGCUCUAGAGGACGACAAUCUUCGAUGCUCAAUCAACUGGAAUGGCAAAUCUGCCAGCGACAAAAGCUACGUGGCAGCCCUGUACGUGUUCUGCUACAUCUUGCCCGUUGGAAUGAUGCUCUUUGCUUUUAGUGCCGUGAAGAGGGAGCUACGCCAAAUGCAGAAACGUGCAGUCGAAAUGGCCGGAAUGCAGAUGGAGGCAAUGAUGGAGACCGUGCAAGCGGAGAAACGCCACACCAAACUAGCAAUUGUCAUGUCAACUGCUUUUGUCGUGUCUUGGACGCCAUACACCGUCAUCUCCUUUUGGUCAUCCUACUUCAAGCACGUUGCAACUGUGCCGAAGUACCUGGGCACAAUUUCAGCCGUGUUUGCAAAGUUGUCAACUUUGUGCAAUCCCAUCAUUUACUCGUUCCUGCAUGCAAAAUUCAGACGCAACCUUGAUUUACCUUUUAUCGGCAAAGUCUUCAAGCAAAACACCGUCAAUCCAGGAUGGGAAUCGAGCGUCAGACCAACGUCAUCUACAGGCAAUAAAACUUUAGUUGAUUAGCAAAACAUGUUUGCAGUUGAUUAAACUUCAACGAACUAUCACUGAUUUUACUUUUUCACGUACUGAUUGUAGCGGAUUCUUUAGUGCACUUAUAGCGAUCAUUCUCUAUUGUUAUGUUAUUGUUUGAAUUUGACUCACUUUAGAUCAUUUCAGUGAAAAACGUUUCCAAAGAAGUAUCAACGACUUAACUUAACAAAUAGUACUGUUUUGGUUUCAAUGCAUAUUUCCAUGAAAAUAAUACUAGCUUAAUCAAUAUGACAGCUCUAAUCAUAAGAUUUAUUUAUUUGUGUCAUCAGAUUGAGAAGAAUAAAAGCUUGCAAACUGAGAGAACUGGGGAAGAGGAGCUGAUAAUGAGAACUUGAUGAGGUUAAACUUUUUCUUACAAAACUCAAACGAGCUUUAUCUGCAGGAAAAGGUUAGAAAAGACUUCGGAAAUAUCUUAUAUCUUACCGGAGGAAUAUCUCAAUUUUGUCAUUGCAUAGCGGGGCUUGUAUGUGGAGAUUCCCCUGUUUUACAAGAUUAUGGACCCAACAAACAAGCCUUAACGAGACUUCAACAAAUACCCACUUUUUUCUACCGAUUAUCUACAUUCAGCUACCCCGCCAAGACUUUGUAGCGAACAGGGGAUUAGCGAUUCAAUGCCAGCAAGCCUUUAAUAGGGUUCAAACUGCCUCAGAUGUCCCUUGCUACUUUGGGUAGGAUUGAACAGACAACAUUAACAUAUGGAAACGCGUCUGCUCUUUGUUGUCAUCAAGCAAUGGCUGGUUCUUACACAUUCAUGAUCGACGCUCAUUACAAGUGAAAAGAUAAAUCUGUAAAUACCUCCAAGUC